ACAAAACUCAAGGCCAUGUGGGUUGAGUUAUAUUCUGAGUUCAGCAAAAGUGAAAGUGAAAACAUCCGUGAGAGACUGAGUCUGUAAAAUGGAGGCUAAAGCUUUGAUUCCUGAGGACGAGCUCUGUUGCUCUGUAUGUUGCGAUAUUUUUAAAGAACCUGUUGUCCUGAAAUGUUGCCACAGUUUCUGUAGAGAGUGUGUGCACCAGUACUGGAAAGAGAAGAGCCCUCGGGAGUGUCCCAUCUGCAGGACCAAGGCCUCUAUGGAGGAUCCUCCUGUAAACUUGGCUUUAAGAAGCAUUGUGGAGUCCUACUUAAAGCAGAAGACUGAGAGUGAAGCAGAUAAAAGUGAAGCUGCUGUGAAGAGUGAAGCUUGCUGCAGUCUUCAUGGACAGAAACUACUGUUGUUCUGUGAGGAGGAUCAGGAGCCUCUCUGUCUCGUGUGUCACACUUCCAAAAAACACGGAAACCACCAGGUUCGUCCAGUGGAAGAGGCAGUACUGGAUCUGAAGGAAGAACUGAAGCCUGCUCUUAAUCUUAUUAAAGAAAAGCUGAAGAGGUUUACUGAGGUUGAACAAGAAUGUGAGAAAACAACAGAACACAUCACGAGUCAGGCCCAGCACACAGAGAGGCAGAUAAAGGCGGAGUUUGAGAAGCUCCACCAUUUCCUGCGAGAGGAAGAGGAGGCCAGACUAGCUGUACUGAGAGUAGAAGAGGAGCAGAAGAGUCAGAUCAUGAAGGAGAAGUUAGAAAACAUCAGAAGACACAUCUCCACCCUUACAGACAAAAUGACAGCUAUAGAGAAGGCCAUGGACACUGAAGACACCACCUUUUUAAAGAGCUACAAGAACAUCAAGGAAAGAGCCCAAUGCACACUGCAGGAUCCAGAGCUGCUCUCAGGGGCACUGAUAGAUGUGGCCAAACACCUGGGCAACCUGAUGUUCAAAGUUUGGAAGAAGAUGCUGGAGAUGGUGCAGUAUACUCCUGUGGUGCUGGACCCCAACACUGCACCUCCCCGGCUCUCUCUCUCUGAUGAUUUGACCACUGUGAGAGACGCAGGUACAGCGCAGAAAUGUCUUGACAACCCAGAGAGGUUUAGCUACUGUGUGUGUGUGCUGGGAUCUGAGGGGUUUACCUCAGGGAAACACAGCUGGGAGGUGAAGGUUGGGAAUAAAUAUGAGUGGGAUAUAGGAGUGGCGAAAGAGUCCAUCAGUAGGAAGGGAGAUAUAACAUGCAGCCCAGGGAGGGGAUUUUGGGUCUUAGUGCUGAGGAAUGGUGAUGAGUACUGUGCAGCUGGAGCUGCCCUCACACUGAAGAGGAAACCCCAGAGCAUCAGAGUGCAGCUGGAUUAUGACAGGGGGGAGGUGUCCUUCUUCGACUCCAGUGACAUGUCACUCAUUUACACUUUUACAGACACAUUUACUGAGAGAGUGUUCCCGUACUUCUCUCCCUCUUUGAAAGAGGAUGGGAGAAACGAUGAACCCCUGGAAAUAUGCCCAGUGAAAGUUUCCAUAACAGUGUCAUCCCAGUCUUUGGACCCCUUAAACACAGGAUCCCCGAGACACAGCUGGGACCUUUCUCACCUGGACACAGCCAAACCAGACCUGGCUCAGCUCCCCCCCCUCCACACCCCAGCACCACAUCUGCAGUUCCAGCAGCCAGACCAGAAGGCCCCACUGGCAAUGAACUUCUGUAAAAUGGAGGCUAAAGCUUUGAUUCCUGAGGACGAGCUCUGUUGUUCUGUAUGUUGUGAUAUUUUUAAAGAGCCUGUUGUCUUGAAAUGCUGCCACAGCUUUUGUAGAAAGUGUGUGAAGCAGUACUGGAAAGAGAAGAGCUCUCGAGAGUGUCCCAUCUGCAGGACCAAGGCCUCUAUGGAGGAUCCUCCUGUAAACCUGGCAUUAAGAAGCAUUGUGGAGUCCUACUUAAAGCAUAAGACUGAGAGUGAAGCAGAGAAAUGUGAAGCUGUUCUGAAGAGUGAAGCUUGCUGCAGUCUUCAUGGAGAGAAACUACUGUUGUUCUGUGAGGAGGAUCAGGAGCCUCUCUGUCUUGUGUGUCAGACUUCUAAAAAACACAGAAACCACCAGGUUUGUCCAGUGGAAGAGGCAGUACUGGAUCUGAAGGAGGAACUCAAGCCUGCGCUUAAUCUUAUUGAAGAAAAACUGAAGAGGUUUACUAAGGUUGAACAAGAAUGUAAGAAAACAGCAGGACAUAUCAGGAAUCAGGCCCAGCACACAGAGAGGCAGAUAAAGGCAGAGUUUGAGAAGCUCCACCAGUUCUUGCGAGAGGAAGAGGAGGCCAGACUGGUUGCAUUGAAAGAGGAAGAGAAGAAGAAGAGUCGGAUAAUGAAUGAGAAGAUAAAAAACAUCACAGGACACAUCUCCACUCUUACUGAGAAAAUCACAGCUAUAGAGAAGGCCAUGGGCACUGAAGAUACCUCAUUUUUAAAGAACUACAAGGACAUAAAGAUGAGAGCCCAGUGCACACUGCAGGAUCCAGAGCUGCUCUCAGGGGCACUGAUAGAUGUGGCCAAACACCUGGGCAACCUGAAGUUCAGAGUCUGGGAGAAGAUGCUGGGGACAGUGCAGUACACUCCUGUGACUCUGGACCCUAACAUUGCAUCCCCCAGGCUCUCUCUGUCUGAUGAUCUGACCAGUGUGAGAGACACUGGAGUUGACCAGCAGCUCCCAGACAACCCUGAAAGGUUUGACUCCUGCGUUGAUGUUUUGGGCUCUGAGGGAUUUAACUCAGGAAAACACAGCUGGGAGGUGGAAGUAGGAAACCAACCUGCUUGGGAGAUAGGAGUGCGAAAUGAGUCUGCCAACAGGAAGAGGAAAAUAGCUGCUCGCCGAGUGAAAGGAUUUUGGAUUUUAAGCCUGAGAAAUGGUGAUGACUAUGAGGCUUAUGCCACAUCAGUUGAGAAGACAACCUUAGGACUCAACAGGAAACCCCAGAGGAUCCGAGUGCAGUUGGACUAUGACAGAGGGGAGCUGUCAUUCUUUGACCCCAGUGACAUGUUAUUAAUAUUCGCAUUUAAAAACAAGUUUACUGAGCAAAUCUUCCCAUAUUUCUGCUUACACCCUUAUGGUGAGCCUGGAGCCAUGCGAAUCUGCCCUGUGAAGGCUUCUGUAACACUGAUGCCAUGAUGGACAUAGAAAAGGCAUCCAUGGCACAGCAUUUAGAGUAAACUGUGUUUAUAUAACUCUAAUAUCCUUUAUAUAAUAAUAAUAAUAAUAGUAAUAAUAAUAAUAAUAAUAAUAAUAAUAAUAAUAGUUCUUGUUAUUGUUGUUGUAGUAUAGGAAAAUAAUUAUUAGAAAAGGUGUUUAUUAUCACCUCUAAAUUAUUUCAAUUCAAGUCAAAUCUAUUUUAUUUGUAUAGCACUUUUUACAGGAAACUGUCACAAACACGCUUUACAGAGUGGCAGUAAAGCAACAAUAGAGCAACAGGUAAAUCAAUGCAAGAACUGAGCAACAACCAAAAAACAAAACAGGC